UUGUCUUGUGCAGGCGAGGCCUUAUAGCCCAGACACCGACUGUGUGUGUUGUGUGUACACUGAACAACGAGGCAGAAUGUGCUGAUGCAGCUCCAACAGUCGGAGCGAUGGAGCCAGCGCUAACCUGAGAGGGUGUGCUGCAGCUGGAAACGCCUCUCCAGCCUGUAAAACAGGUCUGAUCGCAGACAGCCUGAGCAGAUCACUGGACGAGCAGCGUUGCAGGUUCUUCACACCCAGCAUCAGACUUCUGUCCUCAUAAGCACCAUGGUACACCAGGAGUUCGAGACUGCAGGGAAGAAACCCGGCCUGCAGGUGUGGCGGGUGGAGAAUAUGGAUUUGAAACCCGUCCCUCGUGAAUUAUAUGGCAACUUCUUCACUGGAGACGCCUACAUAUUGCUUUACACCACCAAAGCUCCCUCUUACAAAGCUCAUUCAUGGAUUGGCAGUGAAGCUACUCAGGAUGAGAUUGGGGCUGCUGUCAUUUUCCUAACUCAGCUGGAUGACUGUCUGGGUAAAGCUGCUGUGCAGUACAAUGAGUGUCAAGAAAAUGAGUCACUCACCUUCAUGGGGUACUUCAAGUCUGGCGUCACAUACAAGAAAGGUGGUGUAGCCUCAGGCUUCAAACAUGUGGUGACCAACGACGCUUCAUGCAAGCGCCUCCUACAUGUUAAAGGUCGUCGGAUAGUCAGAACCACAGAGGUGGAGUUCAGCUGGUCUUCAUUCAACAAAGAUGACAGUUUCAUCAUUGACCUGGGAAAGUGCAUCUACAACUGGUCUGGUUCUGAGAGCAAUUACUUUGAGCGUCUCAAAGCCACUCAGGUAGCCAAUGAUAUCCGUGACAACGAGCGAAAUGGUCGUGCUGAGGUUAUUCAAAUCAGGGAAGGUUCUGAGCCAGAAGAGGUCAUAAAAGAACUCGGAACCAAGCCAUCCCAACUCCCAUCAAGAACCUGUGAUAAUUCUGCUGAAAAUAAGAACAAGAACAUGGCAUCCCUUUACUUGAUUUCUGAUGCUGCUGGCUCCAUGAAGUCAACUUUGGUGGCUGAUAAAAACCCAUUCAAACAAACAAUGCUGUCUCAGAAUGACUGCUUCAUUGUGGACAAUGGAGUAAAUGAGAAAUUAUUUGUCUGGAAAGGGAAGAACGCUUCUCCAGAUGAGCGCAAAGCAGCAUUUAAGGCCGCGAAAAAGUUCAUCGAAGACCACAAUUACUCCACAAAAACUCAGAUCCAGAUAUUUCCAGCAGGGAGUGAGGACACCCUGUUUAAGCAGUUCUUCUCCAAUUGGUUGGAAGGGGACAUCACAGGCCCACAUGACACCUACACUGUUGGCAGCAUCGCCAAAGUGGAGAAGAAGUCCUUCGACGUCUCUAAACUCUACGAGGACAAGGACAUGGCUGCCCAGCACCGCAUGCCGGAUGAUGGCUCCGGUAAAGUCCAGAUUUGGCGCGUUGAAGGAAGCGAAAAAGUACCUGUGGACAAAUCCACUUAUGGACAGUUCUUUGGAGGAGACUGUUACCUGCUGCUGUACUCUUACACCGCAGGCCAACAGAAGCAUAUCAUCUACUACUGGCAAGGGCUGACGUGCUCUCAGGAUGAACGUGCUGCUUCAGCUCUUCUCACUGUUAACCUGGAUGAUUCCAUGGGUGGAGUAGCUGAACAGGUUCGGGUCACUCAGGGCAAAGAGCCUCCACAUUUUGUUGCCAUUUUUAAAGGACAGCUUGUCAUCCAUCUGGGAGGGACGUCCCGUCAUGGUGGCGAGAGCGUGCCCAGCAGCACACGUCUCUUUCACGUCCGCCAGAGCUCGACCCGCGCCACACGAGCUGUUGAGGUGGAGCCCGUUGCCACCUCUCUGAACACCAACGAUGUGUUUGUGCUGAAGUCAAAUGAGACUCAGUACGUGUGGAAGGGAAAAGGAGCCACUGAGGAGGAGAUGCCUACAGCUAAGUAUCUCACCAGCCUGUUUGGAGGAAAUGCUACUGAUGUGGAGGAGUCAGAGGAGACACCUGAUUUCUGGGAAGCACUGGGUGGGAAAAAGGAAUACCAGACUUCCAAGACCCUCCAGAAAAACGACGACAGAGCUCCACGACUGUUUGCCUGCUCAAACAAGACUGGCAAUCUGAUAGCGGAGGAGGUGCCUGGUGAAAUCACACAGUUUGACCUGGCAACUGAUGAUGUCAUGAUUCUGGAUAUCUGGGAUCAGAUCUUUGUUUGGAUCGGUAAAGAUGCCAAUAAGACAGAGAAAUCUGGAUCACCCAAGAUUGCCGAUGACUACGUGGAUGCAGACCCGUCUGGCCGCCGUGGGAUCCCCAUCAGCAUCAUUAAGCAGGGAGAGGAGCCUCCCUCCUUCACUGGCUGGUUUCAUCCUUGGGACCCCAACAUGUGGAAAGAAGGAUCUUAAGCAGUGCAUGCAACAACAAAUGAAAAAGUAGAAGCAAUUAAAAACACACACACACACACACACACACACACACACACACACACACACACACACACACACACACACACACACACACACACACACACACACACACAAA